AUGAGACGAAAGAAUCCACAUCCGAAAAGAGCGGUGAACGCGAGGACGGUUUUUAAGGUGGUGAAGGGUAGGAGAGAGGAAGAAGAAGUGGAAGAAGACGAACCGGUGUUGUGUUUGAGGAUUCCUGACGAGGAGGAUGAUCUCGAGGCGAAUCAUCAUCAGAUACAAAAAGAAGAAGAGGGAGAAGAAGAAGAAGAAGAAGAAGAAGAAGAAAUAACUGUUAGGAAAGGAGCGAAGAGAAAGAGAGGGCACGAGUGCGAUUUUUGCGAGAAGGUGUUUGUAACACCAUCUGCAUUGACUAUACACAAGCGUAUUCACACGAACGAGAAACCGUAUGAAUGUGAUGUGUGCGAGAAGCGUUGUACUACGGCUGGUAAUUUGAAAGUUCACAUGCGUAUUCACACGAACGAGAAACCGUACGAAUGCGAUGUGUGCGAGAAGUGCUUUCGUGAAUCUGGUACUUUAAAAAUCCACAUGCGUAUUCAUACGAACGAGAAACCGUACGAGUGUGAUGUGUGCAAGAAGAGGUAUCGUUCCGCUCAAAGUUUAAGGUACCACACGCGUACUCAACAUUAG